ACUUAGCUUCCGUAUCACGAUACUCCGAUACUAUUUCCUCAUCUCUCGCUCGUGCUGUAUCCCACACGCCACACCGCAACAUUUUCCUUAAUCCUCGCAAUUCCAAUUAAUUACCCUAGUCAAUUACAAAAACUUCAAACUUAAAACUUAAAAAUUAUUUUAAAAAUUUACAGUAGAAGUAGAUCACUAUGUACUCUCUUAUCAUACAGUACAAGAGAAGGUAGAGACACAGAGAACGAAAGCGAUGUAAAGGGUAACCAAAUUUAAAGUACAGAGGACCUCAUUUUUAUUAUUUUAUACUACUUAAUUAUUGUUAUUAUAGUAUAUAACUAAAAAUUAAGAGUUGAAAAUUUGAUUAUUAUUAAUUUUAAGAGCUCAGAAGCUAAUCUUAAUUCAAGUCAAACGCACACCAGCACAAAACCGUUUUCGAAUUCUUGUGUUUUUGUUUGUUUAUUAGUUGAAUUGACGAUCUGAGACAAUCGGAUGGUAUAUCCGAUCGUCCGUGGUGAUCGGCGGCGGCGGAGGAUGAGGAGGAAGAAGGCGGCGGUAGCGGUAGUUUAGGAGAAGGAGGAUGAAGAAGGGAAAGAGAUUUAAUAAUGGCAUAUUGCCAAAUUCGUUAAGGAUAAUUUCGUCAUGCCUUAAAACUGUAUCUACUAAUGCUACCACUGUUGCUUCUACUGUACGCUCCGCUGGUGCCUCCGUUGCCGCCUCUAUUUCUUCUUCGGCUACUGAAGAUCACAAAGAUCAGGUUAUCUGGGCUGGCUUUGACAGGUUGGAGUUAAGUCCAUCUGUUUUCAAGCAGGUUCUCCUACUUGGUUAUCAGAAUGGCUUCCAAGUUCUUGAUGUGGAGGAUGCGUCUGGCUUUAGUGAACUGGUUUCGAAGCGCGGUGGUCCUGUUUCAUUUUUACAGAUGCAGCCCUUACCCUUGAAGUCUGAUGGCCAUGAAGGAUUUAUAUCGUCACAUCCUCUACUGUUAGUUGUUGCUGGAGAUGACACCAACAAUAUGAAUGUUGGUCAAAAUCAUACUCAGUCGGGUGUUCUAGGAAGAGACAAUAAUAUCGAGUCUCAGCCAGUAAACUACAUCAGUUCGGCUACCUCUGUGCGGUUCUACUCCAUUCGUAAUCACUGUUUUGUUCAUGUUCUCAGAUUUCGUUCAGCUGUGUGUAUGGUUAGAUGUAGUCCUCGAAUUAUAGCUGUGGGCCUUGCUACUCAAAUAUAUUGCAUUGAUGCUCUCACCCUUGAGAGUAAAUUCAGUGUUCUUACGUAUCCUGUUCCUCAGCUGGCUGGACAAGGAACAGUAGGAGUAAAUGUUGGUUAUGGUCCACUGGCUGUUGGUCCAAGGUGGUUAGCAUAUGCUUCAAAUAAUCCGCUGGUUUCGAACACUACUCGCUUAAGUCCACAAAAUCUUACUCCUUCUCCAGGUAUUAGUCCAUCAACAUCGCCAGGUGGCUCUAGUCUGGUGGCUCGUUAUGCAAUGGAAUCUAGUAAACAGUUGGCUGCUGGAAUUAUCAACCUGGGAGACAUGGGAUAUAAAACAUUGUCUAAAUACUGUCAGGAGAUGCUCCCAGAUGGGUCUAACUCUCCAGUAUCAUCAAAUUCUGGCUGGAAAGUGGGUAGGCUUGCAGGAUCAGAUAUAGAAACUGCAGGGAUGGUUAUUGUUAAGGAUUUUGUUUCCCAAACUGUUAUAGCACAAUUCAAAGCUCAUACCAGCCCCUUGUCUGCACUAAGUUUUGACCCUAGUGGGACGCUGCUGGUCACUGCUUCGAUUUAUGGGAAUAACUUAAAUGUCUUCCGAAUUAUGCCAUCUUGUUCACAGAGUGGAUCAGGUGUUAAAAGCUGCGACUGGAGCUCUUCCCAUGUGCAUCUUUACAAGCUACAUCGCGGAAUAACGUCAGCGAUGAUUCAGGAUAUAUGCUUCAGUCACUAUAGCCAGUGGAUUGCAAUUGUUUCAUCCAAAGGGACUUGCCAUAUCUUUGUUCUAUCUCCUUUUGGCGGUGAUUCUGGAUUUCAUUCUCUUACUAUGGGAGAAGACCCCUCUCUAUAUCCAAUUAUGUCUCUACCUUGGUGGUCCAUUUCAUCUUGCCUGAUUAAUCAACAAUCUUCUCCACCCCCAGCUCCUAUCUCACUUUCUGUGGUGAGCAGAAUAAAAUACAGUAGUUUUGGGUGGCUGAAUACAGUUGGCAAUGCCAAUGGGUCUGCAGCAGGAAAGGUUUUUGUACCAUCUGGUGCAGUUGCUGCUGUUUUUCAUAAUUCGAUAUCUCAAAAUGUUCAGCAAGUUAACUCAAGGAUCAAUCCCUUGGAGCAUCUGUUAGUUUACACUCCAUCAGGUUAUGUAGUUCAACACGAGCUUCUUCCAUCUGUUGGGCUGGAAUUGAGUGAAAAAGGAUCAAGAACACAAUCAGCUUCUUUUGCGCAUAUGCAAGAUGAUGAAUUGAAAGUGAAAGUUGAACCUAUUCAAUGGUGGGAUGUAUGUAGAAGAUCAGAUUGGUUAGAAAGAGAGGAAUGCGUUUUUGGGAGCACCAGUGGACAGGACAAUGUUGAAAUAAUAACAAGGAAACCAAGUGCUGAGGAGAACUUGAGGCUGGAUUUUCUGAGUAUCAAUGAUGAUGUCACUGAAAAUAAAUCUGUAAAACCUCAUGAGAAAUCCCACUGGUACCUCUCUAAUGCAGAGGUGCAGAUAAGCUCUCUGAGAUUGCCAAUAUGGCAAAAAUCUAAGAUUUGCUUCUAUGCGAUGCUACCUCCAAGAGUUGAUAAUUAUGAUGGAGAACUUGAAAUUGAAAACGUUCCUACCCAUGAAGUUGAACUCAAGAGAAAGGAGUUAUUGCCCGUCUUUGAUCAUUUUCAUAGCAUUAAAUCAGGGUGGAGUGACAGAACCCCUGCUGCUGCAAGGUAUGUCCAUUCACCUUCUUUGGAAGUUCAUCAGGUUGAAGGCAAGAUCACUCAGGAGACAGUUAUAUGUCACUCUAAUCCAGCAUCACUAAGCUCAACCGAAAGUUCAGAAUGCGGUUCGUCAAGAAGAAUUGAGCAUCUGCUAGAUUUGGACCAAAUAAAUUGUGAAAAACCUUACAUCUCGGUCUGCCAGACGCUAAACGAUUACUACCAUGAAAGAAGAGGAGGGACUGUUGCGGAAUCUGCCACAAUAAAUCAAAAUCCCGUAACCAUUUUGUCUAUUCCAGAUGGACACCCAAAGAGUGGAGAUGCUCACAGUUGUAUUGAAAAUGGUUAUUCCCCCUCCUUGCCGACUGCGAGAAGAAUAUUUGCUGGAGAAGCUCCAACUUUGCAGAUCAAAAAGACAGGUGGUGUUUCAGAAUUAACUUCUGAGAAUUAUGAUUCACAUUUUAAUAUCCUCGUGGAGGCGCCUACUCUACCAACAGCUGAAAAUCCAGUAGAUUUUCAGCCGGGUUGUCAAGAGAGGCAUUGCAAGGCAGUGGACCUUGAUGAAUGCGGCAGGUCAACUGAGGUUGUAACUGAUGAUGUCGACAGCAGCAACAGCCACUGUGAGAAGGAGAAGCCCGAAGAGGAUGGGGAGAACGAUGACUUUCUUGGUGGCAUAUUUGCAUUCUCUGAAGAAGGUUGAGUUUCAAAUUCCAUGUGCUCAAAAUAAAGUGUUCAUCGGGGCAUUCACGAGUUUACAUAAAAUCAAACUGUUUUAGCAAAUUUAAUGUUAGUUCAUUGAAGAUGAUAUCUUCCCAGGAUGAAUGUGCAGUGAUGGUGUGAAUAAGUGGGACGGCAGAUUAAACUACGGUAUUGCCUCUCUCUCGGUCUCUCUCUCUCCCUUGUAAAUACUGUACAUAUAAAAAAAUUCUUAAAUUUGUGGACAGCUGGACGCUGCUAGAUGGUGAAGCAUAAAAUUAGGAUUCGAGUUGGAUUUGCAUUCCGUUAUGGAACUUUUUGUUAACCCUAUAUGUACAGAUGUAAACGAUUUCUCUCUAAACUGUAUUAACUUAUAUAUUUCUUAUCUGUUUCUGCCAAAAAAGAAAAGAACAUAGAAGAAAGAAAUGAAAGAAACAGAUGAAUUCUUGUCU